AACUGCGUGGCUGAAAAAAGAAACUGACACGUGGAUGAUCAUCAACACUUCAGGAAUCAGGAAAAAGCUGCUUUUAUCCCUGCUGCAGUUGCGAAAGCCGAAAGCCCGCUCGUGUGUGGCCGUCGCCGGAGCGCUAUGGAUGCGGCAGAGCUGCUGUGAGGAGAUGCUUCCGCCAACAAACUCCGACAGAAACAUCUUUUUUUCAUUGCUUUGCUUUUUUGCCUGUCACGCUCGCACAGACUGACCCGAGAGGACACACACGCAGAGGGACGCGGGGAAAGAUAUAUAUGUCGUUGAAUGGCAAUUCUACAAAAACAUGGAAAGAACUCUUUCUGUCCAGAUUUGUCCAGUAUUAAGGAAAACCCAGCAGAUAAUAUCGGAGCAGCCGGAUCACAGAAGAAGUGGACAGAGUCAAGUCAGAACUGGACAAGGCCAGUAGCGAGGAUCUGGACGGUGGUUCUGCUGCUGGGGACAUGCCUGCUGUACUGUGCCCGUGUGGCCAUGCCAAUCUGUGCCGUGAGCAUGGCGGAGCGCUUCAGCUGGUCCAAGAGAGAGACUGGCAUGGUGCUGGGCAGCUUCUUCUGGGGAUACUGCUUCACUCAGGUCCUUGGAGGCUACGUCAGUGACAGGGUGGGAGGAGAGAAAGUAAUGCUGUUGUCAGCGGCUGCAUGGGGAGCAAUGACGGCCUUCACACCAAUCCUGGCCCAUUUCUGCUCACAGCCCAUCUUCUCCAUGACCCUGUCCCGCUUCCUCAUGGGCCUCCUUCAGGGUGUUCAUUACCCAUCUCUGGCCAGUCUGUGCUCUCAGAAGGUUGUGGAGAGUGAGAGGGGUUUCCUCAUGAGCACAGUGGGAAGCGGCUCAUACCUGGGGACUCUGGUGAUAGGAGGUGUGGGCUCUCUGAUGCUGGAUUUGUACGGCUGGGAGAGUGUGUUUUACGUCUCUGGGCUUCUGUCUGUGCUGUGGGCUUACUGCAUGUGGAAAUAUCUGCUCAAAGGAGAGGGUCCCAUCAUCACACUGGAGUCUCUGGGCAGCGUCGGGACACAGUCCAAAAUACCCAAGAGGAACUGGCUGCGUCUCUUCAGACAGCCAGCUGUGUGCGCCGUCAUUAUUACACACUUGUGCACUGCUAGCACCUUCUUCACACUUCUGUCAUGGCUGCCAACGUUUUUCAAGGACACCUUCCCUGAUGCCAAGGGUUGGGUGUUUAAUGUGAUCCCAUGGUUUGUGGCCAUUCCCUCUUCCCUGUUUAGUGGCUGCCUUUCAGACCAUCUAAUCAGUCAGGGUUUUGAUACUGCGUCAGUGAGAAAACUCAUGCAGUUCUUCUCCAUGGGCGUCUCCAGUGUGUUUACUCUGUUUCUUUGUGGCACCACCACCUUCCCCGCAGCGGUGGCUUUCGUGUCCGCUACUAUGGGCCUCACCACAUUCAGCCACAGUGGAGUUUCGGUAAAUGUUCAAGAUCUUGCUCCUUCCUGCGCCGGUGCUUUGUUCGGGGUGAUGAAUACCUGUGGAGCGUUUACAGGGGUCAUCAUGGUGUAUUUCUCGGGGUACCUAAUCGAGACCACAGGUUCCUGGGCGUCAGUGUUCGGCCUCAUCACAGUGGUCAACCUGCUUGGUUUAACAACAUUUCUAAGCUUUGCAGAGGCUCGCCGAGUGGAUGUAGAUCUAGCCAAGGGCCGAUACCACAACAUCCACAUAUGACAGCACACAGACGCCAUCGGGAUCGUAGGAGAAAUGAGCAGCUCUGACAGAAACCAAUCUGAAGAGACUUUGGUUUCUUCAUCACAGUUUGACUUUUCUUUGGCUGAAAAAGAAUCCAGGAAAAGCAGUAUGAGAUGCUUCAUUGAGCUGUCACAAGUCAUCCUGAAGAAUGUUACUGAAUCAUUUAAAGGGACAGUUCACCCAAAUAUGAAAAUUCUGCCAUUUCCUCUGCUGAUUUCUUUCUUCUGUAGAACACAAAGGAAAAUACACUGAAUAUUGUUGGGGAAAAAAAGACUUUUUGUUCCUACAAUGGUUGCCAAUGGCUGCUUUUUUCCAACAUUGAGCAGAAUAUCUUGUUUUGUGUUCAACAGAAGAAAGUAAUUCAGAUUUAGAACCAUUUGAGAGAGUAAAUGAGAAGGACAUUUUCAUUUUUGGCUGAACUAUGCCUUUAAGGUCCUUGCUUUCAUUCCUUACUGUUUUAAAAGCAGUUGCUUUAUUAUCCUCAUUACUGUGACCAAAGCAGUUGAGAAACCUGCAACCCAAUGUACCGUCCAUUUAAUCACGCAGAAGCUAGAAGCUAGUGUGCGAGAGUCUGGGUAAUGACUAUAUUAGGUUAUUCAUUGCUACAUUAUGGCCAUUGCAUGACAUAAAAUACCUCGUCUCAGACCUCUCAGAGUUUGUUACUGUAGUUGAAGAGCGUUACUGUCAUUAGUUGUCGUGUAAACUCAAUGUUUUUGUCUCAGCUGUGUGUGCUUUUGAGAAUAGUUUCUGAUAUUUGGAAACAAAUCGCUCGUUUCCUUUUGUGUUGGAUUGAUUGAAUCAUUUAGGACCUUUUCUGAGUGGCCCAUUUGUUUGGACCAAGAUGUUGCACAAUGCAAUGAAUGUAUUAUGGUGAUAAAGCUUUAUCAUAUAAAGAUCUUGAACGUUACAUCCAACAGGGGGCUAAUUUGACCAAAAGAGUUAUAUAACCUUGAAAAUUUUAUGGCAUUAUGUACAUUUAAAGGUAUAGUUCACCUAAAAAUAAAAUCUGUCAUUGUUUAUUCUCCUUUCACUUGUUCAAAACCUACCUGAGUUUCUUUUUUUCUGUUGUACACAAAAGAAGAUAUUUUGAAGAAUGUUACUUGCUGGAACCCAUUGACUUCCAUAGUAAUUUUCUUUCCUACUAAGGAAGUCAAUGGGUGCCAGCAUUUUUUCAAGAUAUCUUCUUUUAUGUUCAACUCAGAAAUGUUUAAAACCACACAAGGGAGAAUAAAUGGUGAGGUAAUGUUCAUUUUUGAGUAAACUGUCCCUUUUAAUCAAAAAUUAAAGCUUAUUUUUGAGUGUAAUUGUUGAAAGGGUCACAAAUAUACUCCUGUUCCUCAGCGGUCACUGCUUUGAGGAGAAAAAUAAAAUGUUACUGUUGAGUUACUUUAAAGAAUUGAAGGAAUAGCAAUAGAAAGGCUUCGCUUUGAAUGGUUUUUCAAUGUGCAUUAAAAUAUGCAACACAUUUCCACUGUUCACACAGCUCUACUGUAUGAAAGAAAAGAUUAUAGCAGAUUAGCGAAGAAACUGAAAAAAGAGACUUGAAUAACUAUCCUUUCACUGUUUCUUUUCAAGGGACUCAAGGAAAUGGUAUUUUUCCAGUAUAUGAAAUCAUAGAUAUAUAUGUUCACAAAAAUAAUUUGUGAUUAAAAUAUUAUUUUAUACAUAGAUAGCACUGUGUGUUAUACAUAUCUAUAUAUAAAUAUAUCGUAGAGAAUACUUUUUAUAUUUAUUGAUUUAUAUGUGAUUUGAUUAGAGGUUAGAAUCUGAAAUGCUUAUAUGAUCAUUGCUUAUGUAUUUUGUUUGUGUUCUGGCUGAUGCAGCUUUCCAGAAAUGUCAUCUCUCGUUUCUGUUUAAUUUAAUGUCUCUAAUUUGAAUUCUGACUGUUCUGCAUAACUGGAUUAUGAUGGUGGGGUUUACUCCAUCAUUACAGCUGACAAUAUCCUGCAACAGAGUAGCGAUGAAGAAACUUUGCAUAUUUAUUACGCUUGUGUCAAUACUUAUGAAACUUAUCUCACUUACCAAUGGGAAAUAUAAUAGAUGAGCUGUGAAUUCAUCCUGGGUUGAGGACGAAGGAUAUGUUUGGCAGAAAACAGAAUCCCUAUCCCAUUCAUGUUUUAGACACAAUUGUCACAUGAAAUAGUGAAACUAUUUAAAUGCAGUAUUCUGUAUUUGUAGGCAUAUUUUGCUGAAAUAAAAAGUAUAUUUUAUC